GCGGUCGUGCCCAGCAGAUCCAGCAGAUUUGGGCCCCCGGGCUGGCUCCACGUUUGCGGCCAUAUACACAGCGCGAAUAUGGCCGGGUAUGUGGCCUGAAACGUUUUCUCUCAAAGGAUUAGCGGGUCGGGCCCCCCGCCGUGUGCGUCUGGCGCCAGAAAAAAACUUCGCUGCUCAGCCAGCAGGAACCCUGUAGCAAUUGCCAACGUAGAGAACGAGUAGGAAUUGCUGUAGCAAUAGGAGUGCAGACGAUUUCGAUCGUCACUCUCGCGUGGCGCGCAGCGCGCAGCGCGCGCGUGAUUGCGGAAGAUAGCGGCAACGACUGCUCGCGCGAGGGAAUCGUGGGCGGGAGAGUUAGGAUUGGUAGGAGUUGAUAGGAAUUGAGUUGCCGCCUGGCAAACGGUUAGCCGCCAAGUGUUAGCGAUCACCACGCCAAGUUUUUUUGAAAUCAAUCGCCGCCACCUCUCAGGAUGACGCAGAAGAAUCUUUUCAAGGGUAAGAAGAAACCGGGCAAGGGCAAGGAAGAGGCUGCUAAUCGACAUGGAAAACCUUUGAGAACGCGAAAGGAUAUUAAAGAGGAGGAGUAGGCGGUGUCUAAAGGGGUGAACACGCGCCGUUGUUGUAGCUAUGGAGAUCUAGUCAGUAGUCAGUGCAAUUCCUAUCUUCUCUCCUACGGUCCGGUUUUAACUUUCCAGUGUAUUUGGCAUCAGCGAAUGUCUAGCAACGAGUUGGACAGAACGUACUCGUUACUUGCUAUCUCUACUGCACGGGAGACGUAUGAACAAGAGCAGACAGACACAGACACAGCGCGCUCAUUCCCGCUCUCCUCUCAAACGCUCCGUUCUCCGUCUAGAGAGAGACGGAGGUCGUGGAGACCUUGGUGGGCGGCGGCGGGAGGUAGAAGGAGCAAAGUGCCGUCUUCCUUCUGGAAAACCGGUUGGUCAUUUCACACCUCAAGACGAGAAUCAGGAUAUUCAGGAAUGGUAUCCCGAUCGUCGACGUCCUCGCCGAGCAAGGAGGUGGAGAGUGCGGCGAGCGAUAUUUAUCACGGAGCUGCGGCAGCUUUCGAGUUAAUGAAUACGGACGAGGGAGGGGGUGGGGAGGGGGAGGAGGAGGGGGAGGGGGAAGGGGAGGAGGACGAGGAGAUGGAAGGGAUGGAUGGGAGAAGGGGCGGGGGGGUGUUGGGUUUUGGUCGUGGAGGAGGAGGUGACAUGCAGCUUCGCAAAUCUUAUGCGCGCAUGGCUCUGUACAAUGCCCUUGCCAAUCUUCUCGUCGCGCUGGCGGUGGCCGCCAUAUAUCUGGUCUUCUUCGUGCUCAAGGAGUUCUCUAGCCCCAUCUUGUGGGCCAUCCUCUGCUCGGUCGUCCUGCGCGAAGCCAAGGAUGCUAUCAUCGGGUUCUGGAGGCCGCACUUGGAGAGGGGCUUGUUAACGGCGGCGGCGGCGCCAGCUAUCCUUGCCCAUCGAGUGGUUGCCGAUCGCUGUGCGGAGGGCAAAUUGAAGGUCAGCAAUCUAAUCAACGGGGUUUUGGGGUACCUUUGGCCAUCUGGUCCGCGGUUGGGAUCGGGGAGAUCCGUCUCCUUGCGACGGCGGGCGUCAAUCAAGAAGGCGGCGGCGGGGUCCACUCGGCUAUUUGAAUGGUUAUUUGUCUUUGCGCUGACCUGUCUGGGCUAUGAGGUCGUUACCCUGGAAGUGCUACAGACCUCCGCCAUACUCGGAGCUCUCUAUGUCAGCCUCUGGAUUGCCUCCUCCAAUUACGUGGAGCCUUCUCCUUCCCCCAGCGGCGGGGGGGGGUCUUCGACCAACCCGUCGCCCUCCUCCUCAGGGAGUGGGGGGCCCGGCGGGAAGGGCGGUGGCUACCGCCCCUCCUCUUCCCCCCUCCGCGGCGGCGGCGGCUGUCAUCAAGCAGUCGAGGAGCAGGCGCAGCAGCCGUCGGGGCUUCCUGAGGAUGACAACUCGGACGGCGAGGGGGAGGAGAAGAGGAGGAGGAGGAGGGGGAUCAUGUUGGUAUCCCGACUGUGGGACGCGACGGGGAUUGUGAGGGAGGCGGCGCGGUGCGCAUACCAUGGGCUGGACAGGUGGGUCUGCCGAAUGCUGCUCUCCUCCUUGCACUCCCUCGUCGCUGUCUGCUUGAUUCUGGGCAUGGUUGUUGGCGCCAUAGCGCUUGUGAUGUUCUUCUCCUAUCAGAUGGGCCAGGAGGGGAAGGCGGCGGUGCUCUCGGUCAAUCAACAGAUUAGGGAUGGGGCGAUCGCUAACACGACGGCGGUUCAUCAAUGGCUGGCAGAGAGCCACGUGUUGGAAUACGUGGACGUGUCCAUGGAGAAGGCGGCGGCGUGGGCCAAGGAUCACUUUCGAGAUGCCCUGGAAAAGUACAAUUUAACCGAGCUUGUGGAUGUGUUCUGGCACGAAUUUGGCGGGUACAUCGUCAGCAAUCAUCACGGGGUAAUCGACAUGAACAGCUCCGUCACGGGGGGCAUUAUCUCGAAGACGAAGAGGGGGUCGCCUCUCCGACUGAAGGCGGAGACGGUGAAGCAGAAGCUUGUCGACCUUGAGGUACAGGACGCCUUGGCAGAGAUGCAAGACAUGGGCACUGUCCUCUUACACGGCCUGCACAUCUCGACGGAUCAGUUCAUGGAGCACGCGAGAGUGGUGGGGACCACCGCCAUGACGGCUCUCAAGGCGGUCUUCGCGCAAAGUUCGAGUCUCCUGCUCGGCGGAGCUUCGGCUAUGGGGGUUUUGGGCAAGAUGGUGCUGCUUGGAGCCGUGGGGGCAGUUGGCGUUCUGGUGCAGUUGUUUCUCUUCUUGAUGAUUUUGUUCUAUCUUCUCUCGUCGGAGUCGGACCCCUGGGGCAGCCUGCUGAAUGUGUUCCCGGCAGGGAGCACCAGGGACAGGGUGACCGAAGCCCUGGGUUCCGCAGUCAGAGGGGUGCUCAUCUCGUCUCUGAAACUGGUCUCCUUUCAGUCUCUAUUCACUUGGCUCUUGUAUCGCACAGCGGGGGUCAGAUUCGUCUACACGUCCACGUUGGUAGCCGGAGUGACCACCGUUCUUCCGUUUGUCCCCGUUUGGUUGGCCUCGAUUCCGGGGUUUCUGCAUCUGCUUUGGGAGAGAGGGUUGGUACUCUCUCUCCUCUUUCUCUUCGUGCACAUCUGGGUGAUGCAGUGUGCUAUGGAGGCCAUCUACAGCGAGAUUCCCGGCUCCCAUGCCUACCUCACCGGUAAACAGUUCAAGCCUCCAAAGAAGGAGAGUGACGAGUUGGUUGCAACAAAGGAGGAGGAGGAGAAGAUGGCGGCCAUUCUGCAGGAGAAGAAGGAGAAGGAGGCCAAGAAGAAGGCCUUGAAGGAGGAGCAGGCGGCCAAGUUAAAGAAGAUGGAAGAAGAGAUGGCCAGGGAGAAAGAGAAGUUGAAAAGGGAAGAGGAAGAGAAGCUGAAGGAGAUGGAUGAAGAAGAGGAAGGUCCGCCACUGCAGAAGAGUAGUGGGCAGCCCAGUAGCGGUAAUGGUGGGAACCUGGAGAAGAGAAUAUCCGAGUGGGUUGCCAACCUGACUGUGGGAGAAGAGGAAGAGGUUAGUAUGUAUAUCCCGCAGGAUCAGCAAGAAGCUGCCAUGAGGGCUUGGGAUGCAGAGCAAGACCCCCUUAGACGCCAGGCGUUGGAAGAUGAGAAGAGGAUGGAGUGGAAGUUAGCGGUGAUGAGGGAGAAAAAGAGGAGAGUUGACAAGGCAGUAGAGGCGGCGGAAGCAUUAGAGGAAGUGAAAACGAUAGAACAGCAAUUAGCCGCCCAACCCGAUUUCCCGAAUCAGAUGCGAGUCGUGGCUCGAAGCAUCGCAUGCCUGGCACGAGUCCAAGCAGACCAGUAUGACUUCAGCAGGAGUCAAGAUAUAGCUGUGCGCUCGAUACGAUUGGGCUUUAGGGACUUCGCUCGUGAGCUGGUAGGCGCCGUUGGGGCCGAGGUGGGUCAUCGCCUCGACAAGACUGAGCGGUUCUGUGCUGGCGCCAUUGAAGGCGUCAAGGCGGCAGCCCCCAAGGAAGAGGAACCACGCCCGCCACGUAGAGAGCCGAUCAAGGUCAAAUUCCCGGAUUCCUACAGUGGGAAGAGGGAAGAGAACUUUGAUAACAGGGAGGCCAACGUCAAGACCUAUGUGCAUUUGCAACAGGUCUCCCUGGAUCAGCAGGUCCUGAUUGCGAUUCACGCGCUUAAAGACGAGGCCGCCAGUUUUGCAAGGUCCUUGGUUCGUGCCGCUAACUGUAGCGACGAUCCCGUUGCCUACUCCUCGUUUACCUCCCUCACCGAAUUCCUGAAGUUGCUGCGCGAGCGAUUUGCUGAUGUCGCCCGCAGUAUUAAGGCUUCAGAUAAGCUCCAAACCAUCCAUGCUCGUAAAUGGAAGAGUGCUAGAGCACUCAAGGGUACGAUGGAUGAGUUGGUGGCAGUCCCUGACCAUAAGGUCACAGAAGCCCAACUGGUCAAUCUCUUUUACCGGGCCAUGCCCGAAGCCUUGCGAGGGCAUUUCUUCGCAAAGAGCGAAGMCCCUGCCACUACGUACGAUUCUCUUAGUCGUGAAGUGGUGGCUUUCGAAGCCAAGUCUGCGUCCGUGUCUACCUUCUGGCACAAAGACUUGGACAAAGGGAAACCAUGGAAGGGUCGCACUAUCUCAGGGCAGGUCAAGACUAAGGAUAGCCUUGUGCUCACUUUAGACGAAGGUAGUGUGGACGAAAUCCCCUACGACCAGAUUGAGUGGGGGUUAGAGGGGGACAGCGGUAUGGGCCAGGGGAGAUCUUAUGCUGCUGUCGCGGCUGGAGGGAGGCCGCAAGGAAGAGGCCAGGGCCAAGGGGGCCGGGCCUCAGGGAGCCGGUUCCAGGGCGAUCAGGGGGUUGGCGGCAGGGGAGGAAACCGCCAAGAGCUUUCACAAUUUAUCAAUGAAAGAAAUGAGAAGAACGCGGCAGCCCUUGCACUUAAGCAGGGAGCUCCGUUGAAGUUUGUGCAAGCACCUCCCGAUGGCGAGGUGAUUGGCAAGAAAGCGAAGAAGAAGAAACGCGAUAGACAUGAGAUCAAAGAGACAAAAUAGUCAGUUUUGCUAUUCUCACCAGCCUCAUCACAGAGACACAGAGAGAGAGAGAGAGAGAGAGAGAGAGAGAGAGAGAGAGAGAGAGAGAGAGAGAGAGAGAGAGAGAGAGAGAGAGAGCCUCCAGUUUUGGGAGUUACAUGUAGAGCUAGCGAGUAAGGGCACAUACAAGGAGAGAGUCUUCUCCUGGAUGUAUUGAAAUUUGAAACACAAUUGUGGCCAGAUUUUGUUGAGAAGGUUCCUAGUGUGAGUUUGCACUGAAGACCGUCGAGCCUGGAUUCCCUGGAAUAGAAAGGGGUGACAUGCUGAGGUGGAUUGCACAGGCAGCACUUGCUGCAACAGUAUAUGUUUGUGUUUGUGUCACUUUGUGACUCCUUAUGCCAUUAGUUAAAAAGGAUGUUUUCACAAAACAUGCAGAUGGAAGUCGACGAGGGGCACACGCUUGGAGGAAGCAGAGCAGAGAUGGCGCGUGUUUCCACAUUCAACCAGUGUCUGCUGCUUCAGAAUGAAGCAGGAUAUUAAUUGAACUCGUUUUUGUGUUGAUGCAGUACGGCAGUUGCCGUGGGGACUCAGAACCGCUGAUUGCCUCUUCGACCAGGUUCGCUUUUCACAAGUCCAAGAUUUGCAUCUCGGCUGUCGAGAGCUGAAAUGAUGCUCUUGCGUGUUGUCAGCAGCUUAUAUUAUACGCCAGCUUAGCUAGCUGAGCGGUCAGUGCACCUGAUGUUGUUCUGCGGAUGUUGCCCUGCCUCAUCUACAAGGGAGUGUGGGUUUGAGUAGUGAUCUAAUGCGCAGCAAGGAAACGGCACUGGAGAAGGGGGAUUUGCAAGUACAACGAACUGUCGUCGUGAUCAGCAGUCACAACAUGGCAACAAGGCGAAUAGCAGAAAUGACAAAUCAAGGAGCACAGCAGCA